AUGGCGUCCGAUACUUCCACCUGGUCGGCCCAGCGUGUCCGAGAGACCUUUUUCGACUUUUUCAAGGAGAAUGGCCACACUUUUGUGCCCUCCUCUCCUGUCGUUCCGCUGUCCGAUCCGACCUUACUUUUCACCAAUGCUGGAAUGAAUCAGUUCAAGUCGAUCUUCCUAGGCACCGUGGACCCGCAGUCAGACUUUGCAAAAUUGCGACGCGCCGUGAACUCGCAAAAGUGCUUGCGUGCCGGUGGAAAACACAAUGAUCUCGAUGAUGUGGGCAAGGACAGUUAUCACCAUACCUUCUUUGAGAUGCUUGGUAACUGGAGUUUUGGUGACUACUUCAAGAAAGAAGCGAUCUCGUAUUCGUGGACCCUCCUGACGAAGGUCUAUGGCUUGGACCCGAAUCGUCUCUACGUCACCUAUUUUGAAGGAAGUGAAGCGGGUGGCUUGCAACCGGAUCUCGAGGCCAAGGAACUUUGGAAAUCAGUUGGCGUGCCGGAAGCCCACAUUAUUCCCGGCAACAUGAAGGAUAAUUUCUGGGAAAUGGGUGACCAAGGUCCGUGUGGACCAUGCAGUGAAGUGCACUACGAUCGAAUUGGCGGUCGUAAUGCGGCCCAUCUGGUUAACCAGGAUGAUCCCAACGUGCUGGAAAUCUGGAACAACGUGUUCAUCCAAUAUAACCGAGAAGCAGAUCGGUCUCUGCAGGCCCUUCCCAAUAAGCAUGUUGAUACAGGAAUGGGUUUUGAGCGACUCGUCUCGAUUCUUCAAGACAAAUCCUCGAACUAUGACACUGACGUCUUCACCCCUAUCUUCCAAGCCAUUCAAGAUAUCACCGGGGCUCGGGAGUACCGCGGACUGUUUGGAGCCGAAGAUACCGACGGUAUCGAUACUGCCUAUCGCGUCGUGGCGGACCAUGUACGGACCUUGAUGUUUGCAAUUUCGGAUGGCGUCAUCCCCAACAGUGAGGGUCGUGGCUACGUAAUUCGUCGAGUAUUGCGCAGAGGAGCUCGGUUUGCUCGCAAAUACUUCCAGGUGGAGAUUGGGAACUUUUUCUCCAAAUUGGUGCCCACGGUGGUGGUUCAACUUGGCGAUAUGUUCCCAGAGCUCAAGAGAAAGCAACAGGACGUGAUGGAGGUCCUCGACGAAGAGGAGUUAUCCUUUGCCAAAACGCUGGAUAGAGGUGAGCGUCAGUUUGAGCAGUAUGCCCAGCAAGCCAAGGUGAAGGGUGCCGAGAAGCUCCAUGGUGCCGAUGUAUGGAGACUGUAUGAUACCUUCGGCUUCCCGGUCGACCUUACUCAGAUCAUGGCUGAGGAACGGGGCCUGUGCAUUGACGAUGUGGAGUUUGAGGAAGCACGACUGAAGGCCAAGGAAGCUAGCAAGGGUCAGAAAAAGACUGCUGCAGAUGCUGUCAAACUCGACGUUCAUGACCUAGGGAAGCUGGAGAAGAUGGAUGAUGUUCAAAAGACGGAUGACUCUGCCAAGUUCGGACGAGGUAAUAUCACAGCCCACGUCAAAGCCAUUUAUCACGGAAGGACCUUUUACGACAGUACCGAGUCUGCCCCCAAUGGAGAACAGCUUGGUGUCAUUCUUGACUGCACCAACUUCUAUGCCGAACAGGGUGGUCAGGAAAGUGACACUGGCAAGAUUGUCAUUGAUGGACAGGCCGAGCUUGAAGUCGGUGAUGUUCAAGUGUACGCCGGGUACGUUCUCCACACGGGCUUCAUGAAGUACGGAGCUCUCUCCGUAGGGGAUACCGUGAUUUGUGAAUACGAUGAGCUUCGUCGUUGGCCCAUCCGGAACAACCAUACCGGUACCCAUAUCCUGAACUUUGCUCUGCGGGAAAUCCUGGGGGAUGGAAUUGAACAAAAGGGGUCUCUUGUAGCGGCGGAGAAGCUUCGUUUUGAUUUCUCUCACAAGGCAGCCAUCUCGGACACCGAUCUGGAGAAAAUCGAAGCCAAAGCCACUGAAUAUAUUCGUCAAAAUUGUGCUGUGUAUUCCCAGGAGGUCUCUCUAGCGACGGCACAGCAGAUCUCUGGUGUCAGAGCCGUUUUUGGAGAGACAUACCCUGAUCCUGUUCGUGUCGUUUCUGUUGGCGUUGAGCUGGAAGAGAUCUUGCGGAAUGUCCAAGAUCCCCGCUGGCAAGAGGUCAGUAUUGAGUUUUGUGGCGGUACGCAUGUCCAGAAAACUGGCGAUAUCAAAGACUUGGUCAUCCUGGAGGAAAGUGGCAUUGCGAAAGGAAUUCGCCGUAUCAUCGCCGUCACCGGCGAGGAUGCUCACGAAGUUCAACGGGUUGCCCAGGAAUUUGAGAAGCGCCUUGACCAAUUGGACUCGCUGCCUCUUGGUCCUGAGAAAGAGCGAGAUGCCAAGCAGGUUCAGGUGGAUCUCAACCAGCUUGUUAUAUCUGCGGUCCAGAAGGCCAAACUCCGGGAACGGUUCGCUGCAAUCAACAAGCAAGUUCUUGAUGGCCAGAAGGCCCAGCAAAAGCUAGAGAUCAAGAAGGCUGUGGAGGCAAUUACCACCUAUUUCCAAUUGCCAGAAAAUGAGAACUUGUCAUCUCUGGUUGUCAAGCUUCCGAUGCCAGCAAGCGCGAAAGCUGUCAGUGAAUCCAUCAACCACGUCAAAUCGAAAAUGCAAGGUAAGAACGUGUAUGUUCUAGCCGUGGACUCCGAACAAACCCGAGUUGCGCACGGCUGCUAUGUGUCCAAGGAACUCGGCGACCAGGGUGCCUCUGCAAAUGACUGGGCUGCUGUCGUCUCUAGUGCUGUUGGUGGUAAGGCGGGAGGAAAAGGAUCGACUUCUAUUGGCAAUGGUGUCAAUACAGAAAAGGUGGACGACGCCGUUUCACUGGCUUCGGAUUACUUAAGUAAAUUCAAGCUCUAG